AUGUUGGCUGAAAUACUGUUGCAAAUGGCAGCUGAGGUUUUUGGUUGGAUGCUUGAAGAGGAUCUGGGAGCAACGGGGCUUGUGGAGGAGCCUAAGGUUGAUUCUUUUAAUUUCCCGACACAUUUUCCAUGCAAGGAAGAAGUAGUGACCAUUAUUCAAGCAGAAGGAUCCUUCAAUCUUGAAAAAAUAGAAAUUUUUGAAGUCAAUUGGGAUGGCACUGCCAACAACGACAAUGAUUGUGAUUUUGGCAAUAGUCACAGCAUCAAAAUUAUCACAAACACCGUAAGAGCUUUCUCAGAGCCUAUGCUUGCAAACUAUUUUGGUACGUCGAUUUUGGAUGAACUAUUUGAAAGGUAUGAAAAACAUAUCGCAAGGCGUUUAACCAAUGCAAAUAGCUAUUUCUUGAGUCAUGUUUUUGCUUUGAAGAGGAAGUAA